CUAUAGACAGGGGACAAGCCUGCACAAUGGCCUCAAAGGUCCACAUGCAAGGCCCUGUAUACCUCAUUGAGAAUGUGAAAGGGCAACUGACAGCCAAAACGGAAGCUCUGGAGAUCCUGUCUGCCAUCAAGCAGCCUAUGGUAGUGGUGGCCAUUGUGGGCUUCUAUCGCACAGGCAAAUCCUACUUGAUGAACAAGCUGGCUGGAAAGAACAAAGGCUUCUCUCUGGGCUCCACAGUGCAGUCUCACACCAAGGGGAUCUGGAUGUGGUGUGUCCCUCAUCCCCAGAAGUCAGACCACACCCUAGUUCUGCUUGACACAGAGGGCCUGGGAGAUGUGGAGAAGGGUGACAACCAGAAUGACUGCUGGAUCUUUGCCCUGGCUGUACUUCUGAGCAGCACCUUCGUGUACAACAGCAUGGGAGCCAUCAACCAGCAGGCCCUGGACCAGCUGCACUAUGUGACAGAGCUGACAGACAGAAUCAGAACAAGAUCCUCACCUGACCAAAAUGAGUUGGAGGACUCAGAUGAAUUUGUGAGCUUCUUCCCGGACUUCAUGUGGACUCUGAGGGACUUCUCUCUCGAGCUGAAAGUAAAUGGGGAACCCAUCUCUGCAGAUGAAUACCUAGAGAAUUCCCUGAAGCUUAUACACGGUACGGGUCAAAGAGAUAAAGAACAAAAGCUUAAUCUCCCUCGGCUCUGUAUUCGUAAGUUCUUCCCAAAGAAGAAAUGCUUUGUCUUUGAGCGGCCAGCACACGGGAAGAAGCUUGGCCAGCUGGAAUCGCUGCAGGAGCAAGACCUGGACUCAGACUUCGUGGAACAAGUGGCAGAGUUCUGUUCCUAUGUGUUCAGCUGUUCCAAGGUUAAAACGCUUUCAGGAGGCAUCAAGGUCAAUGGACCACGACUAAAGGGCUUGGUGAUAACCUAUGUGAACACCAUCAGCACUGGGGGUCUGCCCUGCAUGGAGAAUGCUAUCCUGGCUUUGUCCCAGACAGAGAAUGCAGCUGCAGUGCAAAAGGCCAUUGCCCACUAUGACCAGCAGAUGAGCCAGAUGUUGAAAUUGCCCACAGAGACCCUCCAGGAGCUGCUGGAUCUGCACAGGACCAUAGAGAAAGAAGCUACCAAGAUCUUCAUGGAAAAUUCCUUCAAAGAUGUUGAUCAAGUGUUCCUAACACAAUUAGGAGCCGAGUUAGAAACAAAGCAAGGCUAUUUCUAUAAGAAGAAUCAACAGGCAUCCUCAGAUCACUGCUUAACUCUAAUUCAGGAUAUUUUUGGUCCACUAGAAAAGGAUGUGAAGAUGGGGGUUUAUUCUAAACCAGGAGGAUACUGUUCUUUUAAUAAGAAGAUACAAGAGUUGAAGAAAAAGUACUAUCAGGCACCCAGGAAAGGGAUUCAGGCUGAAGAAACUCUGCAGAAGUAUUUGCAGUCCAAGGAGGAUGUGAUUGAUGCAAUUCUAUGCACAGACCAGGCUCUGACACAAAGAGAAAGACAGAUUGAAGUGGAACGUGUGAAAGUUGAAGCUGCAAAGAAUACAGCAAAAAUAAAGGAGGAUAUACAGCAGAAGAAUGAGCAGUUGCUGCAAGAGAAAGAGAAGAUUUAUUGGGAACGCAUGCAACAGUUGACUGAGAAGAUGAAGAAGGAACAGGCCCAGAUGAUGGAGGAGCAACAGAGGGCCACUGAGCACAAACUUCAGGAACAGGCUCGACAACUAAAUGAGAGAUUUCAGCAAGAAAAUAGAAGACUGCAAGAUGAGAUAAAGAUUCUCAAUGAAAGGGAAGCCUCACGCAAAUGUGUCGUAAGCUAAACGACUAAAGAAUACUCCUGUCCUGACAUUUAAAACAGAUGAAUAGCAUGUAGAAAUGGGAACAAGAGUCACUUCAGGUGAUAAUAAUUGUGUCUUGUAUCAGAAAACUAAAAAUCUGCAAAGUCAUGUAGUGUGAUCAUUGAAAUCAUAUUUAUCUUCCUAUAAGACUGAGGACCAAGAAUCUCCAAGAGGCAAGUGGGCACUGAGCAUAUUCUUAAAUAUUGGCACAUAAUUAGGAAACCAGUUCGCCAGUGUUGUGAUAUUCUGAAGGACAGGAAUAGCCAGCCUUAUUCCUUACCGGAGACAAUGUAAAGUUCUCCAUUCUAUCAAUAACUGCUCAAAUCAUAUGAUUUGGUUAACCCUAUCAAGAUAUUCCAUUAUGUAUCAAGACACCCGCUUGGAGCUCUAGAGUCCCCAUAAAUGAUAUAUCCACAGGAGAUGGAAUAAGCCAUUGGCAUGACAAGGAGAUAAAUCCACAUAUCCAUGGGUGAAGAAGGAAAUACUUCAGUUCAUGUAGAUUGAAAAUGUAGCAGGACAUUUCCAAUCAUUAAUAGUGGAUAGUGAUUACAUAACAUGAUGACAACUAAGCAUAUUGUAGAGUAGUAGUUUUAAAGAUGGACUUGAAGUGAUUGUGUAAUCAGUAGAUAUCAAAGGAAUUUUAAUGAUUUAUCUGUAACCAUAACUUACACUACUCUUUUCUUAUUAUUAGCACCUGAGCUUGAAAUCCUGUUG